AUGUCGGAAAACGAUGCGCCAAUACAUGGCUCGGUGCCUGAAUCUGAUACACUUGAUAAUAGUGAUCAUGUGGGUAGAAUUAGUUUGGCAUGUGAUCCGAGAAGAUGGCUUCACAGAUAUCUCAUUCUUGGUUUCAUCUGCUUUCUGUCGUUUGGUCAUUAUUAUUGCUAUGACUCUCCUGGGGCCUUGCAGGAUGUCAUCAAACGGGAUAUGGAACUGACAACAUCCCAGUACAUGCUCUUCUAUUCCCUCUACUCCUGGCCAAACGUCAUUCUAUGCUUCUUUGGUGGCCUACUCAUCGAUAAAGUUUUUGGCCUCUGUUGGGGGGCCAUUAUAUUUUCUGUUAUUGUUACAUUGGGACAGUUGCUAUUUGCUUCUGGGGCAUUGUUCAAUGCUGUUUGGCUUAUGUACAUUGGAAGAUUUGUAUUUGGGUUUGGUGGUGAGUCCCUGGCUGUAGCUCAGAAUGCAUACUCUGUUAAUUGGUUUGAAGGAAGGGCACUGAACAUGGUCUUCGGUCUCCAGCUAAGUUUCUCAAGAAUAGGUAGCACAAUUGGCAUGGUAUCAUUAAACCCCAUAUACAAUGCAAUUGAUAGUAGUGCCUCAACACAUGGCAAUAAAUGUCUUGGUAUCACUUUGCUCAUAGGAGCCUGUUUUUGUAUCUUCUCACUGUUCAAUGCGUUCAUCCUUGGCUACUUUAACAAAAGAGCUGACAGGAUUUUGAAUAAACAUAAUAAUAAUGUAAAUGAUGGAGAUGUCCCCUUACUCAAUGAUGGUGACGAUGGGAAGUUUAGACUGUCGGAUCUCAAGCAGUUUACGUUGUCAUUUUGGCUUCUCUGUGGAAUUUGUGUGGCCUACUAUAUAGCUGUCUUCUUGUUUAUAAGUCUCGGCUUAGUGUUCUAUCAGAAUAAAUAUGAGAUGGCGCACGACGAGGCAACGCUAAUCAACAGUCUGGUUUACAUAAUUGCGGCCUGUGCAUCCCCUGUUUUCGGUUUCUGCAUCGACAGGGUGGGUAGAAAUAUUGUGUGGAUUUUCUUGGGGGUUUUUGUGACCCUAUGCUGCCAUGUGACCAUCGCUUUUACCUUUAUACCCCCUUACUACCCCGUGGUCCUAAUAGGUCUGUCAUACUCCAUACUUGCCAGUGCGUUAUGGCCCAUUGUAUCGAUGGUCGUUACUAAGCAGCUCAUUGGAACUGCUUAUGGCAUAAUGCAGUCAAUACAAAACCUCGGACUAGCUCUGGCCACAAUUCUCGCUGGCGUCAUCGUCGACUCCUAUGGUUACAUCAUGCUCGAGAUAUUUUUCCAACUCUGUCUCUGUGCCGCCCUGCUGUUCACCAUCAUCCUCUACAUCAUCGACAGGACACGAGGUGGUAGGAUCAACUUAUCUGCUAGAGUCAGGAGACUCCAGUUCAGCGCCGUUGAGUCGCAGGAUGUUGACUAAGGAGAUGGCGUUUCCCUUCUUAUCCUCUCUCUAACAUUAUCUUCUUCAUUUCUCACUUUCUAUCCAUUUAAAUUAAUAUUAGAAAAAUUAUUCUGUUUAAUAUUUAAUUGUGUGUGUGUAUGUGUGUGUGUAUGUAUGUAUUCCUACGUACGUACGUAUGUGUAUGUAUGAACAUGAUGUAUGUAUAUUUACGCUUGUACAUUAAAUUUGUACUGCACUCAACGAAUAGUCUUAGAUUGUAUCUGUACUAAGCAAAUAUAUGUAUAUAUUUUUAAUAUAGAUAUAUAAAUAUACAAAUAUAUAUAUAUGUUAUAUAUAUAAAUAUAUAUAUAUAUAUAUAUAUAAAUCUUUUAGGUAUUGUUAAAGAUGGGAGUUUAUGGAUAUGAGUACGUGUUUCAACCAUUCCUUUACAUAAAUUAAAAGUGGAAUAAAUAAAUAUAUUAAAUAUAUAUAUACAUAUAUGUUUGUGUGUGCGUGCAUGUGUGUGUGUGUGUGUGUGUAAGUAUGUAUAUUUGUAUAUGUGUGUAUUCCUUUGAACUUUCAAUCAUGAAGUAUGCUGAUUUAUGGAUUUGUAUCGAUGAUAAUAACUUUUUUAUUAUGUGAGUGAGUGAACGAGCGAACGAACGAAUGAAUGAUUGAUUGAAUAAUCGAUUGGACGAACAAAUGAGUUGACGAAUGUUCUUUAAUUUAUUAAGUUUAUUUUUAAACCUUUGCGUCCUUUGAAACACCGAUCUGUUUAAUUUAUUCCAAUCAUUUUAACGUAGCCAAUAAUGGUCUUUUAUAGUAAUGCUGCCUCCUCUAUUAUGAAACCAUUUUGUAACCUUUGAUAUUAUCCAUAUUAUUGCUAAUUAUGCCACCAUUAUUAUUAAUUAUUAUUAUUAAUUAUUAUUAUUAUUUGUAUACAUUUUUUAAUAUAUAAGUGAUUUUAUUACCUUCCAAUUAGAUUGCAUAACAUUCUUUUUGAUUAAUUUUAGAAAAAUGACAUAUAAACCA